AUUUUUGUAUAUUUUUCAUGAAAUAAAAUCACAAAAAGCAUUAAAAUAUUCUUAAUUAAUUUCAUAAUUAAUACAAGAAAAAAAAAAGAAAUAAAAUCUUUUCCGAAUAGAAAAAAUUGACAUUUAUUCAUUUUGAUCAAACAUUCAUUUAGUUUCUGACGAAAACUUUUUCUAGCGAAAUUUGGAUUAACAAAUAAAUUUACAAAACGAUUCAAAAAAUCCAAUAAAAUUUUGUUUUAUCUGUUAUUUCAUUUUAUUAAUUUCUACAAGAACAUUCGGCUGAUUUAACUUGAAUUUCUCUAUUCUUAGUUACAUAAUAUUUAUUCGGAAAAAAAACCGAAGUAAUAUGUAGAUAUGUUAUAUCUUAAUCCUAAACGACGGGAAUAUUUUGUCCAGCAAAAUUAGAAAAAUUUUCUUUAGAGCAAGUUAAAUAAAUUGUAUUUCUUGUAAUAGACGAAAGAAGAAAGAAUAAGAAUCGAUUUCGAUAUUCAGUCAGUCUUAAGAAAAAUAUUCAGUUAAUAUGUCAAUAACAACAAUCGAACAUUUCCCAAAUGAAAUUUUCUAUGAAAUUUUCGAUUAUUUUGAUGCAUAUGUAAAUUUUUAAUGGAUUCUCAAAUCUUAACAAUCGUUUUCAACUACUUCUCAAUUCUUCAUUAACACGAUUAAAAUUAGAUGAUGAUCGUCAUGAAUCAAAAGAACUUUUUCUUAAUAAUUAUGAAGAAAUUCUUCAUAAUCAUCGUCAUCAAAUAAUAUCAAUUCAUUCAUACAAUAAAAAUACAACUGAAAUAAUUUCAAUAAUUCAAUUUAAUCUAUCAUUAUUUCAAUCUCUUCAAUCACUUACUCUUUAUUGUAUUGAAUCGGAUAUUUUACCAUCGCUUGUUCAUCAACUAGCAUCUUUACCUAAUUUUUAUUCAUUAACACUUGAUCUAUGGAUUGAAACAGAGCUAGGACAAGUACAAGUACCGCAGGAGUACUUGGUACUUAUACUUGUACUUGAGGAAGUGUACUUGAUACUUGUACUUGCACUUUAG